CAUGUUUUGAUGGAAAUGGAAACUACUGUUACUACUGUGACCCCAUCAGCAGCUCUGGUGUUGUUUCCGACAGACUCUGAUGACCUAGAGAGGGGGAACGACAGCGGGACGCCACUUCCCACCUCUGAUAAUGAUGACAAUUCGCUGGGCUACACAGGCUCCCGUCUCCGUCAAGAAGAUUUCCCACCUCGAAUUGUUGAGCACCCUUCUGAUCUAAUUGUUUCAAAAGGAGAACCAGCAACUUUGAACUGUAAGGCUGAAGGCAGGCCAACCCCAACUAUUGAGUGGUAUAAAGGGGGUGAAAGAGUUGAAACUGACAAAGAUGACCCUCGCUCCCAUCGGAUGUUGCUGCCCAGCGGAUCUUUAUUUUUCUUACGCAUAGUACAUGGACGCAAAAGUAGACCAGAUGAAGGAGUCUAUGUCUGUGUUGCACGGAAUUACCUUGGUGAAGCUGUGAGUCAUAAUGCAUCGCUGGAGGUAGCAAGUAAGUAAAGGUUUUUCAUUUUUUACGAACAGUCACUUGUCUUGAUGUUGGCUAUUACUGUGGAAAUUUAAGAGAAAAAAAAUCAACUUCUCUGAGACAAACAGUUGACUUAAAAUAAAGGUAGGAACUAAGUACUUGAAUUUACUGUACUACAUACAAAUAUAUUGGAAGGAAACGCAGACAUUUUGAAGAUUUGGACUUGCUGGCCAGAGGCAUCUUUAGUUUUCUAUGAAGUU